AUCACCACGGCCACUUUUUUUUUGUUUAGAAGUGGCUGUUUGGAAAUGUCUUUUUCUGAAAUGUAUUUUUUCCCCUUGUUCUUAAACUCCCUCCCGCGAUUGUAAUCCUCUCUUUCACCACCUCCGCCCCCCAAACCAGAACUGAAAGGACUAUUUUCUGCACUCCAUUGCCCUGUGGCUGAGGCAGACGUGUCCCCUGGGGCGGGGUGUGGAAGCUGCAGUUGCUAUCUCAAGUUGGACUUGCCCACGUUUCAUUAAAAAGUUGCAGAUAUUCGGACCAUUCUGGUGUUUACUGACACCUUCCAUAGAAACAAGGCAAUUGUGCCCAUCCCAGUGCCUCAGUCCAGCAAAUGUUAUAACCUCAAUCAGGCUUUCACUGUACAAAUGGCAUUGAUUCAACAAGUUGUAUUAAACUCUCGGCCAGGGAAAAAUGGGGAGCCAGUUCCUGAGAAUUUUAGGAUGGAAGAGAGCUACCUGCCUCAGGAUUUGCAAGAAGGGCAAGUGAAGAUUUGCACCAAAUUCCUAUCUGUGGAUCCUUACAUGCGAUGCAGGAUGAAUGAAGAAGACACUGAUGUGGAUUAUAUGCCUCCAUGGCAAGUGUCGAGUGUGGUGACUGGUGGAGGAUUGGGUGUGGUUGAAGACAGUAAACACCAGAACUUGCAGAAAUGCGACAUCGUGACUUCAUUCACCUGGCCCUGGCAGACACGAGCUGUUGUGGACGGGGCUGUCCUGACUAAGCUUGAUCCUCAGCUUGUUGAUGGACACCUCUCCUACUUCCUGGGUGCAGUGGGGAUGCCUGGUCUCACCUCUUUGUUGGGGGUGAGAGAAAAGGGGCACGUGACACGCGGUGCCAACCAAACUAUGGUGGUCAGUGGUGCAGCGGGAGCGUGUGGGAUGUUGGCGGGUCAGAUUGGUCGGCUCGAAGGGUGCCCUCGAGUUGUUGGGAUCUGCGGCACUGAUCAGAAAUGUCAAGUCUUGGUCAGCGAGAUCGGUUUUGUUGCGGCCGUCAACUACAAGAAGGAUGAAUGA